AUGGAGAAGCUGUGUCAGACAGAUGUGCAGUACCUGUGCUAUUUGGGUACAGCCAUCACCAUCACUCUGCUGGUGUCAGCUUCUGUUGGAUACCACUUUGCUUACUGGCCCUGCAUGGUCCUCUUCCUUCAACUGAGAGCAUAUGUGGAGAGGAAGAUUGGCAGGAAGUGGAGGAUAAAAAAACGAAGAGCUGGGAAAGGAAAGGAGGACUUAGAAGUGGAGGAGGAGAUGAAAUAUGAUGCAUUUGUAUCCUUCAGUAGCCAUGAUGAAGCCUGGGUCUUUGGGGAGUUGGCUCCAAGACUGGAGGAGCAAGGCCACCCAAGGCUAAGACUCUGCCUGCACAACAGAGACUUUGAGGUGGGAAAAGGCAUAGUGGACAACAUUGCGGAGAGUAUCUACACCAGUGAGCGCACAGUGUGUGUGCUGACUCGGCGCUAUCUGCGCAGUGAAUGGUGCGGCCUGGAGAUGCGAAUGGCGACACACCGACUCCUAGAAGAACAGAAACAUCGCCUCAUCCUCAUCUUCCUCGAGCACAUCUCUCCCUUCGAGCUCAGUGCUUUCCACCGGUAA